UUUCUUCACCAUAAUGUUGGGCAGGUUACUACAAAGUUAUCUAAAUUGCAUCCCAGGGAUAUGGAAGCUCCCGCUGGGGGUGUUGAUGACAUGACUAAGCUAUCAUACUUGCACGAGCCUGCUGUGCUUUACAAUUUGGCCAUCAGAUACGGAAUCCAAGAGAUUUAUACUUACUGCGGGAACAUUCUCAUUGCUAUCAAUCCAUUCCAAGCUCUCUCACAUUUGUAUGAUCAUAAAUUGAUGGACAGUUAUAAAGGGGCUGAACUAGGGGACCUGAGACCUCAUGUUUUUGCUAUUACUGAUGUUGCAUAUAGGGCGAUGAUUAACGAAUGCAAAUCCAAUUCUAUAUUGGUCAGCGGUGAAAGUGGAGCAGGUAAGACCGAAACCAAAUUGAUUAUGAGCUAUCUUGCAUAUUUGGGUGGCCAUGCUAGUGCGGAAGGACGGACAGUUGAACGAAAAGUUCUAGAAUCAAACCCUGUUCUUGAAGCAUUUGGAAAUGCAAAAACUGUCAGGAAUAACAAUUCAAGUCGUUUUGGAAAAUUUGUUGAGAUUCAAUUUGAUAGACGUGGACAAAUAUCAGGGGCAGCCAUCAGAACUUAUCUCCUAGAAAAAUCUCGUGUUUGCCAAAUUUCAGAUCCUGAAAGGAACUACCACUGUUUUUAUCUUCUUUGCGCUGCACCACCAGAGGAGAUUGAGAGGUAUAAGUUGGGAGAUCCUACGACGUUUCAUUACCUUAAUCAAUCUAGUUGUUAUAACCUGGUUGGUGUAGAUGAUGCCAAGGAUUAUCUUAAAACCAAGAAAGCAAUGGAUAUUGUUGGGAUGACUGAGAGCGAACAGGAAGCAAUUUUCAGAAUUGUAGCUGCAAUUCUUCAUCUUGGCAAUAUUGCAUUUGCUAAGGAAGAAGAAGAAGAUUCAUCCGUGUUAGAGGACGACAAAGCCAAAUUUCAUCUUCAAAUGACAGCAGACCUACUCAUGUGUGAUCUCGAAGCAUUGGAAUCUGCACUAUGUAAGCGAAAUGUGGUCACCCCAGAAGAAGUUAUCAAAAAGAGCCUCGAUCCACAUGGUGCAGCAGUUAGCAGGGAUGGUUUAGCAAAGACAUUGUAUUCACGUUUGUUUGACUGGAUGGUUAAGAAAAUAAACGUCUCCAUUGGGCAAGAUCCUGACUCAAAGUGUUUCAUUGGAGUCCUUGACAUUUAUGGUUUUGAAAGUUUUAAAACUAGCAGUUUUGAGCAGUUUUGUAUUAACUUCACAAAUGAAAAGCUUCAACAGCAUUUCAACCAGCACGUGUUCAAGAUGGAGCAAGCUUUAUACAAAGAAGAGGAAAUAGAUUGGAGCUAUAUAGAAUUUGUUGAUAAUCAAGAUGUUUUGGAUCUUAUCGAAAAGAAACCAGGGGGGAUCAUUGCUCUUCUUGAUGAAACAUGUAUGUUUCCAAAAUCAACCCAUGAAACCUUUGCCCAAAAGCUCUAUCAGACAUUCAUGACUCACAAACGCUUUGUAAAGCCAAAAUUGGCUCGCACAGAAUUUACCCUUGUUCAUUAUGCAGGAGAGGUCCAGUAUCAGUGUGAUCUGUUUUUAGACAAGAACAAAGACUAUGUUGUUCCUGAACAUCAGGAGAUGUUAAGUACUUCCAAAUGUUCCUUUGUAACAACCCUUUUUCCUCCACUUAAUGAGGAUACACCUAAACCUGGCAAGUUCUCAUCUAUUGGUUCUCGUUUCAAGCUACAAUUGCAACAAUUGAUGGAUACACUAAAUUCUACUGAACCCCACUACAUCAGAUGUAUAAAACCAAACUCUGAUUUAAGACCUGAAGUAUUUGAGAAUGUCAAUGUCUUGCAGCAACUACGUUCUGGUGGUGUCCUAGAGGCAAUCAGAGUCAAGUGUGAGGGAUACCCUACUAAUAGAACCUUUAGUGAAUUUAUAACUCGAUUUGCUAUUCUUGCGCCAGAAGUUUUGGAUGGGAUUGUUGAAGAAAAUGUUGCAUGCAAAUCGAUUAUGGAAAAGAUGGGGCUUUCAGGGUAUCAAAUAGGGAAAACGAAGAUCUUUUUAAAAGCUGGUCAGAUGGCAGAGUUGGAUGCAGUCAAGGGAAAAGUACUUGGAGAGUCCGCAAAGGCUAUUCAGAAGAAAGUUAGAUCUUGUUUAUCUCGCAAACAAUAUCUUGAUAUCCGUACGGCUACUGUUUUCAUACAAGCUGUUGUGAGGGGAAUUCUAGCUUGUGAAUCACUGAUAUUCAGGAAAAAAAUAGCAUCUGCUGUCAAAAUUCAGAAGUCUUUCCGCAGAAGAGAUGCUAGUAAAAAGUACAUGGAUAUCAGAUCUUCAGCAAUUAUAUUGCAGACAGGUGUGCGUGCCAUGGUUGCCCGUAAUGAGUUCGAAACUAGGAAACAAAAACAUGCCGCAGCUAUUAUACAGGUUAUUGUCCAGCUUUGUGUAAUGCCUAAAGAAUUAUCUUAUCAUGUUUACAAGUUUCUUAAUUUGAACAAAUCCCUGCGUCAUAUCGGUGAUGUCAUAAUGCUGUUUCAUCCUAUAAGAAGAGCUUCUAAAGAAGAAGAGAAGGACGAUGGAAAAGAAGAAGAGAAGGACAGUGGAAAAGCAGAAGAGGACAAGGAAAAGAAAGAAGAAAAAGCAGUAGAAGAGGUAAAGAAAGAAGAAAAAGAAGUCCAUGAACUACAAAAUAAAGAGCCAGAAAAGCAAUCAACUGUUGACGUACAUGAGAAAGCAGAGAUACUAGAUUCUCCACCUUUUGAACGGAACGAAGGAAAAAAAAUCAAUGUGUCUCCUGAUGAAGAGCCAGAGAUCGCAGAGAAAGAAAUUGAAUCAUGUCCUAUUGUUGUAGAAAGAUCAAUUUCCAUACAAGAUGCUUUAAAGGCUGAGAACCUUCCAUCAGAAGUUGAAAAGCUGAAGGCCCUCUUGAUGGAAGAAAGGAGAAGAGCUGAUGAAUAUGAGAAGAAACAUGCUGAAGCCCAAGAAUUAAGUGAGCUAAGACGCAAGAAAUUAGAAGAAACUGAAAAGAAAGUAUGUCAGCUUCAAGACUCUUUGAACAGGCUCGUAUUUGGUAUGUCUGAGCAAUUUUCACAACUUAAAACGUUUUUACAAACUUCAUCAAAUUCAAUUUCAGCCUCAGCCUCUCCACCCAUUGCUCGAGUUGAUUACUUUGAUAAUUUGGAGAACUCUGAUGAUGCUUCAUCAAAUGGCUCAGAUUUCGCAUUUCGAGCUUCAGGUCUUACUUCAGCCAACAACUCUUCCCACCCUGCUAAAGCUCCCCAUGUGCUUGUUAAGGAUGCUACAACCACAGACAUUACAGGUACUGCAGACAGUGAUAAGGAGGGGGCAUUUGAUGACUACUUUUGAUGGAUCUGUGUUUCUGUUUCUUCAUGUCAAUAGAUGACGGAUAUAAACACAAAUCCAAUAGCUUUACAGUAUAGGCAUGUAAGACUCAAAACCAAACUAUUACAUACACCACAUACAGGAUUUGUAUAUAGGAGUAAGAUUCGCAGGGUUCUUUAGGUCAAAUAAUUAGCUAAUCCUUUCGAAAUGCCUUUGCCCAUCUGCAUUAAUUUCAUUUGUAUCUUCACUAACAGUCGCCAUGACUCCAAUUGUCUCUAACAAGGCUCGAUAAGUUCUAAGACGAGUAUAUGUCUCGAAAUUAAGUCCUCUGCAUUAUCCAUAUUAUAUAUUUUGUUAAUGAAUAAUGAAAUGAACCAUAUACAAUUGAGAUGCUUAUUGUGCUGCAUCAUCGCAAACAUUGAGUUGGUUCAUGUAGCCAUCAUUAAGAGGCUGAAUCUAGUAGCUUUGUGGUUUGUAUCUGAUCAUCUGCAAUCUUUUUCCUUUCUUCGGACUGCGGCUUCCUUGUGUACCUAAAAAAAGAAGGGAAAAUGCAUUGUUAAGAAGCUAGGG